AAUUUUUUUUUUUGUUAUUAAACGUUAAAUUUUUUAUCUGGCCCAUAAACGAAGGAAAUGUGAACACGAACCGCGGUCCCAAUCGCGUAACACAUCGUGACAGUACGACGUUACGAUGGGAAAUCUAAGUAGAAAGAAUGAACGAUGAACAGUUAAAGGAGCGGCGAUCGGAUCACGACUCUCGAUUAAAGAACCGGGAAUCGUUCAAUCAGGCUCUGUCAGUUAACAAAUCGGUUCCACGUCGAACGACGACGAAUUCAAUUGGCGACAUCCCGAUUCGCGUGGGAGUUGUAUCGCGUGAUCGACUUUCGGCCUUCGGGCCGAUUGAGCGAGUGGUUGGCGAAUCGCGGCGACCGGUUUCCCCACUCGUCGGCCCCUCGACCGGUCGAGAAACGUCAAGUCGUCACUCGUCAACCAGUCGUCGUCGGUCGUAUUUUAAAUUUCCAUUUCGACUUAGAAACAAGAGAAAAUCCCCCGUUGCGACUGAAGUGGACAGAUGAUUAACAGUGAACGACGAUACGAAAACCUUUCACUCGACUCGCCGUUGUUGAAAGCUUUUCUCGCCGGAUCCCUCUCUGGAACUUUCUCCACGGUACUUUUCCAGCCGCUGGACCUCGUCAAAACAAGGCUACAAAACCAAAAUGCGGCCCUCUCCGGCACUGGGAGAGUGUCAUACUCGACUGGCAUGUUCCACGUUCUGAACAAUAUCUUGAAGAAGGAACAAUUUACAGGGUUAUGGAAGGGGAUGACACCGUCAAUAACGAGGACAGUACCAGGUGUGGGAUUGUAUUUUUCGUCAAUGCACUGGAUGACCCGUACUUUCACCGACGGGCAUCCUUCUCCCCUGCAGGCAGUCGCCAUCGGGAUAGUAGGAAGGACUUUCAGCGCAGUCUGCCUGAUACCAAUUACCGUGGUCAAGACGCGGUACGAGAGUGGUGAAUAUCCUUACAAGAGCAUCACCCAUGCGUUGCGCCUGAUUUACCAACAUGAAGGCUUGCGGGGUUUGACCUGCGGCCUGUUCCCCACGGUGGUGAGGGAUGCACCCUUCUCCGGCAUAUACUUGAUGUUCUACACACAGCUGAAAAAAGCAAUGCAUCCAGAGCUUCUUAAAAAUGAAUAUCAAGCACCAGUGCAGUUUAGCUGUGGAGUGGUUGCCGGCAUCCUUGCCUCUCUUGUCACACAGCCGGCCGAUGUGAUCAAGACCAAGAUGCAACUCUACCCACAUUUGUAUCCAAACAUCCAGUCAGUUAUUUUGCACUUACAUCGUCAAUAUGGAAGCAGGGGCUACUUCAAGGGCCUGGCACCUCGAAUGCUCCGCAGGACGUUGGUGGCUUCGAUGGCGUGGACUCUUUACGAGCAAGUCACAAGAGCAAUUGGCCUUAAAUAAAGUUACUGCUUGUUACUAUAACCCAUGAAGGGUGGUUUUGUCAAUUUCUCUGCUUGUACAGGGAAGCGCUUCCCGUAGUCGGGAAUUUUGGAAACUCUUGGCCUAUGCUAUGAAUACAAGAAGAAGCCGAGUUUGUGGAAGGAAAGCUAUAUCAUUCAGAUAAAUGGCACAAAGUAACACAAUUUCGUCCAACGAAUGAUGUAAUCAUUUUGUUUUGAUGUUGAAUGUCGAUUUUUUAUUAUAUAGUACUUGUAAUUUU